AUAUUGUACCGUUACGCUGUUAAAGUCCGCUUUCUGUAGUGGGGGGCUGCAGCCCACCCAUCUCCUUGUCUUACAUGUUUUAGAAGUAAUUUUUUCUUGUCUCUUGUUCAUAGCUUGCCUGAAAUUUUUUCUUUCCUGUCGAAAGACAUUUUUGCUUUCGACAGCUGUUCUCUUCCCUUCAUUUCCUACUCAACUCACGGUCGACGGUCCGCUGCAACGCAACGUAAAAAUUCCUCUCGGGAGGCCCAGCGACAGCCAUUUAUCUCAACUUGAGCGUCUAUCGGCCAGUUUUUUUCGACCACUGCACAUCCUCGCGUGUCCUGGAACCUAGCUGUCGUAAGACAUUCAAAAAAACAAAACAGUAAGUACAAUUGCUUUCUUGACUUCAGACUCUACAUUGCGUCUGGCAGGUUCUGUUCUUGUUCACAAUUUUUUCACGAAAUUGUCUCGCUUUUAACUUCGACUGUCACCACUUCGGCAGCGUUUCACGCUCUUUUAUCAGAGCCACAAUUUGAAGAAACUGCAUCAUGGUUAACAUGGAUAUCGUUUCUUUCCCCAAACCAGACGCGACGAGGACCACAUCCCACAGAGCCGAUAGCAAAGCAGAGAUAGAGAUGGUAGAGAAUGCUGGUUAUGAGUUGAGCAAUGUUGUCCAGCCUGCAGCAUUGAUGCCAAAAGGACAAUUGUUGGGUUCGAUUUUCAUCUCACCUCCAACCCCUGAACAAAUCGAUUCUCCCACGGAGGAAGUCACCAUUACCCCACCAAUGAAGCAGGCAGUGAGAAGGUCUUCAAGCCCUCGCAUUGAAUUAAUGGGGGCCUCCAUCCCGUCUACCGUCAUUCCAGCAUGUACUUCUCCCAGCAACAGUCCUCUUUCUUCCAAUCACUCGUCACCGGCAUCGACAAAGGUCGCCUUACCUAUCCCCCUCCAUGUACUGCCGGAAGUGCGCUCGCCACCGCGCAAGUCACUCGCACUGACGGCAGACUCUCUGCAUUUGGCAGCUAAAAGGGGUCGCCGCACCCGGUUAUUUGGCUUUACAGAAUUGAAAGACAGUAAUCAAAGCUCCCCUGCUAGUUCAGCUAAGAGUUCUCCUGAAGGCACGCCCCAAGUCAGACCUCAUAACUUGUGCCGGGCUAGUGCAUCCUUAUCCUCUGCUGUGACUGAGCCAAAAUCUGCUCAGAUAACCCCUGCGUCUACCCCCUCGAUUCCUUUACUGCCUCCCCGUCGUCAUCCCAACACUGUCUCCAAUAGUGCUCCCAUUCAUGUGCCAUCACGUCGUCGAGAUAACGGCCUGCGGUUGAACUUUGACGGCAUCACCCCUAUUUCUCUGUCAUCGGAAGAUGUGAAAGGCGUAGUUCAUACCUCUCCUUAUCCCAACGUCUUGGUACGCAAGAAAUCUGGGGAGAUACUCAAAUCAGCUUUGAAGCAGAACAGCUCUGAUGGCAGCGUGGGUAGUGUUACCCCUUUCUCAGAGGCAGGUCAGCCCCGUUUUGAAACAAGAUCAUGUCCCAACACACCAAUCUGCCCAAAGUAUGUCCAUUUCGAUACACAACUGGAGCGUGUCAAGCUAUUUUCGCACGAUCAGAAGCCUCAGGUUGUGAGUCGCGAUGGUUUGGCUGUUCGGGAAGACGAUGGCGACGAGUUUCCACUCGGUUUGGAAGCCGAGAAAGUCCUGAAGAUGUCAUUGCCCAACUUUCCGACGUAUCAGGAUCCGAGUUCUGACCUUUAUUUGGAAUCGUUGUUCCUCAGUGAUGACCGUCAGUCCAUUAAAGGCGUCAUGAUGUGUAAGAAUAUAGCAUUUCAAAAGUGGGUCGCUGUGCGGUUCACUUUCGAUUGGUGGCAAACAACGUCAGAAGUGACUGCCGUCCACAAGGAAUCGGUGAGAGGCGGAACUUACGAUCGAUUCCUUUUUACGAUCAAGCUGGGAGAUAUGCUGCCCAAUAUUGUACAAAAGACGUUGUUCUUGGCUAUACGCUACAACACAGGUGGACGGGAAGUGUGGGAUUCCAAUGGGGGUCAGAAUUAUCGAGUCAAUUUCAUCAAGGAGCGUCCUGCACGUCAGCCUCUUCGAGGCGCCAGGGAUACAGCGCCAAUUGAGCCCGGUAUGGGUAAGGCAGUGGGUGGAAGGUCUUCCCAAUGGAGCGUGACAGGAGAUCAGGAAGAUCGCAUGGCUGAUUUACGGGCCAAACUGAGCAUGGUGUCAGAAGAUGAUGCGGGUCUUCAUGUAUUCCCGAACGGCUCUCGGCAUGCUUAUCCCAAUAGAGGUCGCAAAGCCGACAACCCUGGGUUUACAGCACAUGAUAGCAAGGCGACAGAGCUGCCAGGAAAAGGUGUCUCUUUGGCGGCCAGAUAUGACUUUGGGGCUGCACUUCACACAGCUAGACGCAACAGCUCGAGCUCUCCUGUCGGUACCUCUUCCAAACUUUCGGAGAUUAAGACCGGCCUCCGAAGCUCUGGAGAGGAAUCAAAAGUUGGCCAUGCCGCGUCUGGUUUCUAUUCUCCCAAGUUUGACCAGACGGAAGUUUUUGGCGACAGUGCCUUCAUCUCGUCUGAAUUCGUCAGCUCUCCAAAGGCCAUUCAUGUACCUGUCCUCAAGGUUGAGAGUCCUUCUCCUCCUGCAACAGAAGCGUCAACACCGGUCUCCAGAAUACCUUCUCCCAAGCCCUCCUCGUUGCCCUCCCAGCCUUCGCUCUACCGGACACAAUCCGCUCCGGCAAAAUUCACUAUCGGUGAUCCCGCCGAAAGCAACUCCAGCGAAGACUCGCCACCUCAACUCGACACUUCAAGCAUCUCUACUAUUACCCCUCCGGAAUCUCCCAUGUCCCCCUCUGAUCUGGGGUCGUUCGGUAGAUGGAGCCCGACCACUAUGUCGUCUAACGGCAGUUUGUCCAGUUUGGCAAGCUACAGUAGCCUUAUUGAACAGUUUUGCUGGGCUGGCGAUCCUUCAGUCUCUGCAUCCUCCCAAACGAAUUAUUCCUCAGGUUCUUUCGAUGAUUACUUUUCACACUCUCAUUCGGGAUUCACCACGCCUCGCGCUGGUACCCCUAAUGCCACCCCCAAUGCCACUUCUAAUUCAUCAAUCGCUUAUACCGGAGGCUCCAAUAUUACACCUACAAGGAAUGAGAACGAGCCAGUCGACAACAUGAUCAGCGAUGGCUUUGUCGGAAGGACAGCGAGGUCACCAAUGGUGUUUUAAAAUAAUCUGCGGUGGUUCUUUGGUUCUUUCUCUUAAUUCCUUUUAUUCCUUUUAUCAUCUAAUUACCAACGCUAGACGCUGGCUGUAUCAUUUAUGUUUUAAUUAUAGCAUUGUUCGCACGUGUUCGUACUUGUGCAUUGUAGUGGCAACGAGGCAUAUUGGGUGUUUUCCUUGAAGAUGGUCCUUGUUUUUUUUGUAGAGUUCAUAUCAUUUGCAUUAUUUAGCAUUUUCUGUGUUGCUUUCUUCUUUGCAUGCAAUGUUGGUACA